AUGAGUGAAGGGGCGAGCGGUGCCUCCCCACCUGGUGCCGCUUCUGCCGCCGCUGCCACCGCGGCCGCCGCCGCCGCCGCCGCCGCCGAGGAAGGGGCAGCGGCGGCGGCGGGCGGGGGCCCGGACGGGGAAGGGGCGGCUGAGCCCCCCCGGGAGUUACGCUGUAGCAACUGCAUUGUAUGGAACCGGCAGCAGACUUGGCUUUGCGUGGUGCCCCUGUUCAUCGGCUUCAUCGGCCUGGGGCUCAGCCUCAUGCUCCUUAAAUGGAUCGUGGUGGGUUCCGUCAAGGAGUACGUGCCCACCGACUUGGUGGACUCCAAGGGGAUCGGCCAGGACCCCUUUUUCCUCUCCAAGCCCAGCUCCUUCCCCAAGGGCAUGGAGACCACCACAACCACGACUACCACGUCCACCUCCACCUCUACCCCAUCGUCCGGCACCGCCUCCUCCAGGACGCCCAACCGGAUUAGCACCCGCCUGACCACCAUCACGCGGGCGCCCACUCGCUUCCCUGGGCACCGGGUGCCCAUCCGGGCUAGCCCCCGCUCCACAACGGUGCGGCACACCGCAGCCCCCCCGACAGUACUCUCCACCACGGUCCCCUUCUUCAGCAGCAGCACGCAGGGUUCCCGCCCACCCCUGCCAGGGGCCCCCAGUACCCAGCCAAUGCCCUCUUGGCCCACUGCGGCAUACGCUACCUCCUCCUACCUCCACGACUCAACUCCCUCCUGGACCCUGUCUCCCUUUCAGGAUUCUUCCUCCUCCUCCUCCUCUUCCUCUUCCUCCUCCUCUACCACCAUCACACCAGAAACUAGCACCAGCCCCAAAUUUCAUACGACCACAUAUUCCACUGAACGAUCAGAGCACUUUAAGCCCUGCAAAGACAAGGAUCUUGCAUACUGUCUGAAUGAAGGAGAAUGCUUUGUGAUUGAAACCUUGACUGGGUCACACAAACACUGCCGGUGCAAAGAAGGCUACCAAGGAGUCCGCUGUGAUCAGUUUUUGCCGAAAACCGAUUCCAUCCUGUCAGAUCCAAACCACUUGGGAAUUGAAUUCAUGGAGAGUGAAGAAGUUUACCAAAGGCAGGUGCUCUCAAUUUCCUGUAUCAUCUUCGGUAUCAUCAUUGUGGGCAUGCUCUGUGCUGCAUUCUACUUCAAAAGCAAGAAACAAACUAAGCAAAUCCAGGGGCAGUUGAAAGAAACACAGAAUGGUAAAAAGUACAGCCUCAAUGCCUCCAGCAUGAUGGCCAAGUCUGAAAACAUGGCACAGAGCAGAGGCCAGCAGCAAAAUUAUUCAAAAACAGAAAGGCAUUCGGGGCGCACUUUGGAGAAAAUGAUGGAAUCCAGUUUUUCUGGCAACCCACCUUUUCCAGAAGCUCAUUCUCCUGACAGAGGAAGCCAGUCCUUCAAACACCACAGCAGGAGUCUUUCUUCAUGCUGCAGCCCAGGGCAAGGGACUGGGAUGCUACACCGGAAUGCUUUUCGAAGGACUCCACCUUCUCCAAGGAGUCGACUCAAUGGGAUUGCAGGACCAGCUUAUCAACAACUGGAAGAAGCAAGGAUUGCAGAUCAAGACACAAUUCCUUGCCAAGGGUAUCCUUCUAAUGGAUUAAAAACCCAACAAAAUACAAUAAAUAUGCAACUGCCUUCAAGAGAGACAAAACCCUAUUUUAAUAGCUUGGAUCAAAAGAACCUAGUGGGAUACUCAUCCACAAGGGCCAGUUCUGUUCCCAUCAUCCCUUCAGUGGGCUUAGAGGAAGCCUGCAUGCAAAUGCCAGGUAUUUCUGACAUCACAAGCCUCAAAUGGUGCAAAAACUCCUGUUCUGCUGAACUUGUCAAUGUGAGUGGUCCAGUCAGCAAUUGUCUUAUAGUAGAACAACAAGAAGUAAAAAUAUUGCUAGAAACUGUCCAGGAGCAGAUUCGGAUUCUGACUGAUGCAAGAAGGUCAGAGGACUAUGAACUGGCCAGUGUUGAAACUGAGGACAGUGCAAGUGAAAACACAGCCUUUCUACCCAUGAGUCCUGUGGCCAAAUCAGAACGAGAGGCACAAUUUGUCUUAAGAAAUGAAACACAAAGAGACUCAGCAUUGACCAAGUGA